CUACACUCAUUCAUUGAUUUUUGUUUGACACUUCGGUUCCUCAUCGUAUUUUGUUUACGUUUUUUUCUGCUUACAUAUGGAAGCACUUUUUCACAACACACGUGCGAUACUAUACUGUAAAUAAAUUGUAAUAAUAAACUAUAAACAAGUGUUGGCUAAUAAUUUUUAAACGACAAAACCAAUUAAACGGUAAAAGGAUGGGUGGCAAUAAAUUUGAUAGUCAAAAUACCAAAGGGGUUAAAAGAAAACGCAAGUUUCAAGGCCCGGUUGAGCAGGAUGAUCCUGAAUUUGAUUUGAAGAAAAAACAUUUGGAGACAACACACAUACGAGGGCUGGAAAAACGGUUGAUAAUUAUAUUAGAAGGUGCACAAUUGGAGACAGUAAAGGUCGGCAGGGUGUUCGAGCUACUUAAUUGUGAUGAUCAUCAGAAUAUUUUACGCAAAAACAACCGUGAUCCCGGUAAAUGCCGACCCGAUAUAACACAUCAAUGCUUGUUAAUGCUUUUCGAUUCGCCUUUAAAUCGCGCUGGUUUAUUGCAAGUGUAUGUACGCACUGAGAAAAAUGUGCUAAUAGAAAUUAAUCCUCAAACACGUAUACCACGUACUUUUAAACGUUUUGCGGGCUUGAUGGUACAACUGUUACAUAAGUUCUCAGUUCGCGCUAGUGACACCUCCGCAAUGUUGAUGAAGGUUAUAAAGAAUCCAAUAACGGACCAUUUGCCUGUAGGUUGCAAAAAGUACGCAAUGUCUUUCUCGGGGAAACUGGUGGCCAAUUGCAGAGAUUUGGUACCUAGAAUUCAAGAGAAAGGCGAAAACACAGAAGAACUUGCUGAAGAACCCAUCGCAUUGAUUGUGGGUGCAUUCGCACAUGGGGUGCUCAAUCCCGACUAUUCGGAGGGCUUAUUUUCGAUUAGUAAUUAUCCAUUAUCAGCAGCAAUUGCUUGUAGCAAGUUGUGCAGUGCCUUUGAAGAAGUUUGGGGUGUUGUUUGAUGUUGCAUAACUUUGUAUUUUUAUAAGUAACUUUACUUAGUAAUUAAGUAAAAUAAAAAAUUUACAAAACAGCA